CUCUCCAUGAGAGAAGUAUCACGUAUGGCUGCUCAAUCUUGGAAAAAAGAACCACAACAUGUUAAACGCAAAUAUGAAGAUAUUGCAAGAGAAGUGGAAAAACUUCAUGUGCAGUUAUCUAUGUCUUCUUCCCCUGGUUGGGAUAGACGAAGAGGUUGUUUUACCCAAAAUCCAAAUGAGAUACAGCCUAAUCAUAAAUAUCAACGUGAUCAUUGUAGUAUUUUACCCUCUGUAACUGUUCCUUCUUCAUAUAUACCAUAUCAUUAUAUUCCAUCAUCGAUCUCUAUGCCAACUGUGCCAUCACAAAACUCAUACCCUUCAAUACAACCUGUGGAUUGUAGGCAAUCUUACUACUUUUUAGAUCAAACAUGUGGAAAUCCUCAAAUGGACUUUAUUCAAUAUAGUGAUUUAUCAAAUCCAAAUCUUGAUAUUAAUUUCAACCAUUCCCUUGAAAGCUCUCCUGAAUCUUUUAAUUGUGAAUUACCAGUACCAGUACAAGGAAUAUUGGAGCACCUUGACAACCUUAAUUCCUUUGUCUAA